AUGAGGUUGAACUACUCUUUCGCUCUGCUCUGGGGAGGAUUGUCAUCCAUCUUGGGAUACCCAUUUGAUGCUAUACAGAAUGCCAUACCGAACCGAUACAUUAUUAGUUUGAAAGCCGGAGUCAGUGGAGAGGCCUUUUUAGGGCAUAUCAAAUGGGUACAGGAUGUGCAUCGUAGACGGGGUUUGAUGCGGCGAGACAUCUUGGGCGUUGAGAGAACCUUUGAUAUUGGCGCGUUCCAUGCCUAUGCUGGCUCAUUCGACGAGGAAACCCUGUUGGAAAUCAAGGCUCACGAUGCAGUCGAGCUUGUUGAACCUGACACACCGGUAUUCCCGUUCGAACCUGCUCCCUUCAGUACUAAUGCAAGCCUGCGCAAUGGAUUCGAGUACAGGUAUGACGAGAAUGGAGGGCUAGGAACAUUGGCGUACGCGGUUGAUACAGGAGUCUGGGUGGACAACCCGGAUUUUGAAGGUCGCGCCGAGCUUGGUUACUACAGCAGUGGUAUUGGUACUCAUGUUGCUGGAACGAUCGCUUCCAAGACAUGGGGCGUUUCAAAAAAGGCGCAGAUCAUUGGUGAAGGUGAUCGCACCAAAUCAGAGCAGGGCGUCAUGUCAGACUUCAUGGAAGGCUUUUCAUGGGCAGUCAAUAAUAUUACAGAAACUCCUGGCCGCGCGGCAGUUUCCGUCAUCAAUAUGAGCCUAGGUGACCCUACCAACUAUGCGUUCAAUAAUUUAGUUCACGCAGCAUCCGAGCAAGGCAUUCUGUCCGUCGUCGCAGCUGGUAAUGCAGCUGUUGACGUAAGCCGAGUAUCGCCAGCUGGAACUGCAAGAGCAAUCACCGUGGCAGUCAGCGCUGUCAACAACACUGUUUGGGGGUUUAGCAAUUUUGGAUCUGGAGUCGACUUGUAUGCGCCAGGGGUAGAUGUGUACUCAUUGUCUCUUGAAGCGGGGAAAGAUGUUGCCUUGAGUGGGACUUCUAUGGCAUCACCACACGUUGCUGGGCUAGCUUUAUAUCUGAAAAGUGUCGAGCCAGGCCUGGAAACGGUGGAUGCCAUCACAGCUAGGAUUUUGGAAUUGUGUAAGCGCGAUGUCAUCCAAGGAGUUCCGGGAAGUACUCCGAACUUCUUGGCAUAUAACGGUGUCGGUGUUUAG